AUGGUCCUCCUAUCACUGAUACUGUCGCUGGCCACCUCCGCCUUGGCCGCGCUGCCCACGGUCAAGGGGCGCUGUGUCGAAGCCGUGGCCGGUGCCUUUCUUUUCGAGCUCAACGAUGGAUACGGCCAAGAUGCCCUCGAUAAAUUCAUCGGCGUCGUUGGAACGAAGCGUACGGGCCUCAACUACAAGCUCUUCAAGGCCAUUUCCAUCCAGAUGAAGGACACGAAAAAUGCCGACAGAAUGGCGGCUAUCGUUGCCCAAGAUGCUGCCGUGAAGGAUUUCUACCCCGUGUGCCGAUAUCGGCGAGCCGAGCAAAAGGAUGCGUGGUCCGAUGUUGGCCCUACGGCGGCGCACUUGACUGACAUGCAGAAGCAUAUUAUGCAUCGCAUGGGGUAUACCGGUCAAGGUGUCAGGAUAGCCAUGGUCGAUUCUGGUGCGAACUUUACCCACCAGGAUCUUGGCGGCUGCUACGGCCUGGGCUGUCGAAUUGCUUUCGGACGCGACAUGGUCGGCAACUUUACCGGUACUGGCGUACCCAAACCUAGUGACGACCCCCCAAUGGACGACGCCUACAGCCACGGUACCCAUAUUGCCGGCAUUCUCAUCGCCCAGCCUAAUCAUCUCGGCUUUGUCGGAGUUGUUCCGGACGCUACCCUAGGGGUAUACAGCGUAACCGGCCCUUCCGGCAUCUCCGGUGGUACCGAGACUUAUAUUGCGGCUUUCCUUCAAGCCUACGAAGAUGAUGCUGACGUCAUCACCUCUUCCUCCGGUGCCCCUGGCGCUUGGCCCGAGGAUCCUUGGGCCAUCGUUACCGGACGAAUCGUCGAGGCGGGCGUCCCUUGUAUCGUCGCAGCCGGCAACGAUGGUUCAGCGGGCCUUUUCUAUCCCGAUAAGCCUGGAAACGGAAAAGGGGUAGUUUCGGCUGCCAUAUUUCAAAAUACUGUCAUACCUCAAAUCCGGUACAAGGUCAAGUAUAGUAUCGGAAGCGGCGAGGAUGUCGACUUUGGCUAUAUGCCUGGUGACCCUUACAAUUGGGAUGGCGUUACGCUAGACGUCUACGCAACGAGCACCGAUAUGACAGUCGAGGGUGAUGCCUGCAGCAAGCUGCCAGAGGAUACCCCUGACUUGAGUGAGAAGAUUGUCCUUAUCCGCUACAGCACUUGCUGCGCCAACAUUCUAGCUACCAACGCUGUGGCCAAGGGGGCAAAGUAUAUAAUUCUAUACGAUGUCAAGCCUUCGGUAACCCUGGACCUGAAUGACGUUCCUGGAGUCCUCGCUUGUGCAAUGGCACCUCGAGAAACUGUCAAAAUUUGGAUCGAGGCUAUAAAUUCGGGCAAGAAGGUGACUCUGAAGAUGGCUAGCCAUGAAAAGACGACUUCCUACGUGGAAAACCUGCCGAAUAUUGCCAACGGCGGUGCGCUUGCUACCAUGACUUCUUGGGGUCCUUCUGCAGAGAUGGAGCUUGAGCCGCAAUUCGGGGCUCCUGGUGGUCACAUCCUCUCAACAAACACCCUGGGUCGCUAUUCUGUUCGUUCCGGAACGUCCUUUUCGGCCCCCCUCAUCGCCGGCAUCAUUGCGCUCAUCGGCCAAGUUCGCGGCACUUUCGACCCAAUUCUGAUGAAUAAUCUGCUUUCGUCGACGGCCAAGGCCCAGCUCUUCAACGACGGGGAAAAGUUCUACGACUACCUUGCGCCGCCGGUCCAGCAGGGAAGUGGUCUCGUUCAGGCAUACGACGCGGCCUUUACCACCACCCUGCUCGAGCCCGCCUCUCUGUCGUUCAACGAUACCGACAAUUUCGUCAGAUCGCUGAACAUUACCAUCCGGAACAAGAGCGACAGGCAAGUUACCUAUAACAUCUCUCACGUGCCCACCGUUACCAUGUAUACCCUCGACCCAAGAUCGAACAAGGUUGCUGGCUUCCCCAGCGAAGCUGUCCGGGCGGCGGCAAGGAUUCAGUUCAGCCAGGACACCGUCACGAUAGGCCCUGGCCAUACCGCCAUCGUAGAAGUCCGGCCCACGGCUCCAUCUGGUCUUGAUGCGAAGCGUCUGGCCCUGUGGUCGGGCUGGGUUACGGUAAACGGUACCGACAAUACGGAUCUGUCCGUACCCUACAUUGGCCUUGACGGGUCGCUCAAGAACACGACCGUUCUGGCGCGUGACGACACCUGGAUUGCGCGCUCCAACGAUGCGAAAAGAGCAACCGUCCCGGCCGAUACGGUGUUUACCGUUCCGGGACCGCAUCAGAUUACCACGGGAGCGGUGAUGCCGGCCCUGAUUGCCAAUCUAACCAUCGGGACACCUAUCGGUCAACCGUACGGCUUCCCUAAGCAGUAUCGUACCCAUACGUUGGAAGUGAAGCACGAUUGGGACGGCCGACUCAAUUCGGGAGAAUACGCGCCAGAGGGUCGGUAUAAGCUUGUCGUCCGCGCACUGCGCAUCUUUGGAAACGGUGCGAACAAGGCCGACUGGGAUGUUAGCGAGACGGCACCGUUCCACAUCAAGUAUCGGAAGGGGUCAUGA